AUUUAUAUUUAUUUUCCUUUUUUUUUUCUUUCUCUUUUCUUCUUCUUUUUUUUUUAAAAAAAAAAUAGAAUAGAAAAUGAAUCCAAAUAAAGAAAAUAUAGAUACAAGACUUGAAAUGAUGAAUCAGCUUAAAACAUUCUUAGUGACAGCGCCAGAAGAACAAGAGAACAAGACGAUUCAAACCUUUGAUUUAUCAUCUACUGGAGAAUCAAUUAGCUGUAUUAAAUGGAAUGAUACAUUCUUUAUUACAGGUACAGAUAUCAUUCGUUGUCUUCUCUUUCGAUUCACCGCCUUUGGUAGACCUAUCAAGAAUAUUAAAAAGUUUGAAGAAGGUAUCUUUAGUGAUCUCAGAAAUCUUAAACCAGGUACAGAUGCUAUCUUGGAGGAACCUAAAUCGAUAUUUUUGGAUCUCUUAUUUAAACAUAAUUGUAUCAGAACUCAAAAGAAACAAAAGGUCUUUUAUUGGUAUUCGGUUCCUCAUGAUCGCUUAUUUUUGGAUGCCCUUGAAAGGGAUUUAAAGCGUGAAAGGUUGGGUAUAGAGCCUACCUCGAUAGCGAUUGCUUAUCCUGCUGAUAUCAUCUCCUUGGAUACAACUCAGGCUAUGUUGGAUGAAUUCCGUAAGGCGAUGCUAUCUCAAUUAGAUUAUCCCCUAUCUCUUGUCCAUACAAAGGAAAAGAAAAGAGAUCAUGACGAUAUUCAAAAAAUCAUUUCAUCUACUCUCUUUGGUCCUUCUUCUCUCUUUAAAGGCUCUCCUUCUUAUAAACAACGUAGACAUCGUGUAACUACUUUACAACAACAACAACAACAAACAAUCAUUCAUAACAAAAAGAAAUCAUUCACUUUAAAAGAAAAAUCAUGUAUCACCUCAAAGGGGGCAUCCGAAUCGAGUGAAUCUUAUCGGCUUUUUGAAUGUCCUAUCCCUUCUUGUCGUAAAGUCUUUAAACGCUUAGAACAUAUGAAACGUCAUUUAAGAACUCAUACGUUGGAGAGACCUUAUUUGUGUGACUUGUGUGGUAAACGGUUUUCACGGUCCGAUAAUUUGGCUCAACAUAAGAAGACUCAUAUCAAGUCAUCCACAAAAUCAAAUUGUCGUAAACAACAACAACGCAGCACUAAAUUAUUAAAGCGUCGUCUUUAUCAUCUUCGUCAUACGAAAAAGCGUGUUAGUACUACACAUGAUGCAGCAACAGUAGCAGCAGUAUCCAAUAUCAAAAGGUCUCGACAACAAGAAGAUCCUUCCAAAAUGAAGCAAAUCCUUUUAUCUCCUACUAUUCUCAAGUUUGAAGAAAAAGAAGAAAAAGAAAAAGGAGGAGGAAUAUCAGAUUUAGUUUAUAAAAUAGAAGAACAAGAGCCAACGGAUAUAAGCUUAGUAAAUGAACUAUUAGUACCAUCUGAAUGGAAUACAAUGGUUCAUGAACCAUCUCCUCUUUAUAAUAUGAUUCAACUUCCUUAUUCUUCUACUACAGAUUCUUCCUGUUUAACUUCUCCUAUCAUUCCUUCUAUUCAUUUCUUAAUGACUCCACUCUCUCAUAGUGUCAUCCAUAGUCCCAUCAUGAUGCAUUCUGAUGAUGAAUAUUAUCAUUACUCUGACCAAAGCCCUACCAUGACUCCAACGGAUGCUUUACUCUAUUAUCAUUAAUCAUAGAUAUGAAUAUAU